UGACAUAUUUUCGCGAAAAUGUAUUUUGAUAAUAUAGAGAAGUGCCGAAGUUGAUGUCUUUAUUGUUUCUUUCCUUCUUCAUGUUUAUGUUGAUAAGAAAAUAUGAUUGCUAAUAAAUGUUUGUGUUUAAAUCAACAAUUCGCGUCAAUUAUUUAUAACAUUUUUGCCAUAGAGUUUCUUCACUUCUCCCCCAACGGCUACAAAAGUGCAACAUUGUUUUAAUUGUUGUUGUUUAUUUCAUUUUUUUGUUGUUUAUUUCUUGCUUUGUUUGAUAUUGGGGUCUCUUUGGCUUGUACGCUUCGUAACAUCACUGGGUCGGUCACGCAUACAACCAAAUGGUGAAGCAAAAAUACAACAAAAUUGGCCACAAAAUAGAAAAAUGUGAAAAUAGAAACUGAAAAUCAGAAUCAGAGGAAAUCCUCUGUCAAACGUCGAGAAAAACAAUAACAGAAUACGACAAAAUUCGUUUGACUUAAUUUUUUAUUUGUUGUGUCGUCCUAAAAAUCAUCAUCGAUUGGUGUGCGAACAAGAAAUCUAAAAGCGGAAAAAUAUCGAAAAAAUUGGAAAAAUUGUGACAACAACAGUGAAAAAAAUGAAAGAAAAACAAUGGUGAAAAAGAGGAGAAGAAACUACCAAUGUUUAGCCAAGUGAAGUUCAAUCUAAAUAAAAAAACAAAAGAGCAAACAAUUUACGAUUUGAUAUAUUGGAUCAUAAGCAGUCAUUGACAUUCGGGAUGAAGCCAGUCAAUGUAAAGUGAAAUUAAACAAAAGAGGGAAAUCGAUUGAUAAUAAUAAAUUAUCUGCAAAUGCUAAACAAUAUAUGUGUUUCUGAAAAAACCAUGAAUGAAUGCAUAAAAAAACCCAAUCGUCAACAUCAUUGCCGCCGCAUCUCUGGGCGAUGAAUGUUUUGUGUUUUAAUUAUUUAACAUUUUGUGUUUAAGUUUGUAGAGAAACAAAAGACAAAGGAAUAUUUCAGUCGAUUUGAUUCGACAAAACACUGUAGCAGCCAUAGCAAAAGUUGGCCACCACACCACUGACACCAGCAACAGCAGCAACAACAGACCGCCCAACGCUCGACGGACUACAAAGUAAAGAGCGCACCGCACGCAGUCAACACAUUAAAACAAAAUGCCCUGCGACAACACAACAAAGAACUCUUCGGAUAUUGAACAUGCCGAUUGGAGUACUGGCACAAGUCAACCAUACCAUGUUAGAUUUGGCUCGGCCAGCAGCCAAGCAUCACAGAGCAGCGGUGAUAUUUGUCGCAUUUGUCAUUGUGAGAGCGAUCCACAGAAUCCACUUUUGACGCCAUGCUAUUGUUCCGGCAGUCUCAAAUACGUACAUCAAGCAUGCCUGCAGCAAUGGUUGACUGCUUCCGAAACAAACUCCUGCGAAUUAUGCAAAUUUCCAUUUAUAAUGCACACCAAAAUCAAGCCAUUCAAUGAGUGGCGUAGCCUUGACAUUUCUGGCAUUGAACGAAGACGAUUGUGUUGUUCGGUAUUGUUUCAUUUAGCAGCAGCUCUCUGUGUAAUUUGGUCACUAUGUGUACUAAUCGAACGUGCUGCAGAGGAUGUCCAGCGUGGUAGAAUAGAAUGGCCCUUUUGGACAAAACUGGCUGUCGUUGCUGUGGGCCUAACGGGCGGCAUUGUAUUCAUGUACAUCCAGUGUAAAGCCUAUUUGCAUUUGUGUCAUCGAUGGAAAGCCCGAAAUAGGAUAUUGUUGAUACAAAAUGCUCCCGAAAAAGUACAUCCAACAUCUCCGCCUUCGCCAAAUGCCCAGCAACGUAAUCGUAACAGCAGCUCGUGUAGUCAGACACACAAUGUCGUGAAUGCGCCGAAUGUCAAUAUAAACAUAGAUGUCAAUAUGGGAAAUCCGAGGCCCACAUCGAGCUAUAACUAUGCAUCUACGGUAGAGGUGAAUGAUGUAGAAGAUGUGGCCGAUGGCAGUGACAGGCUGCCCACAUCGCCACAUCAUAUGCUGCAGCAUGCAGAUCUCGAUGUUGAUUCAAUGGUGUCGCAAACUUCUGCCGGCUUGCCCAGUCGAGCGUUGGGCAAGCAUCAUCAUUCGCACCACCACCAUCACCAUCUGGUGACACAACAACAGAAUAAUCCACUGAAUCACAAUAGUCACUCGCAAUUGGGACAAGUAGCUGUGGCGGCAAACAUUGAGUGUACCCAGUCACAGCAUAACUACGAUCGGGACUUUGCUUUGGACGAUGUUGUUUCACAGAUCUCCUCAUUCCGUCCCUGUCCCCAGGGUUCGGGCAGCAUGACACCGUUCCACGACUCGAUACAUAAUGUUCUAGAACACUCUGAAGACUCCAGUCGGGUGUCGGUAAAUGAUUUGUGCGUCGGUUCACGGCAAGAUCUGAGCACAGAUGGUCUUUCUACCGAUACCGGACGAGAACAUGCCAUGCAAUUGAGUAGUUUUAGUGGCAGUGGAGACCAUAAAGCUCCUUCAAUCAGUUCAGGUGUUUCACAUGCCGUGGCAAAUGGCUUGGGAGGCUUUGUCUACAAGCCACACACUAAACGAUAUUCAAAUUCAUCCAUAUUCCUAGAAAAUCGUGAUAUACUCAAUGAUUCUGUAGAUUUAGAUCUAGACAGCGGACACUAUCUAAAGCAUGACUAUGGCGGCGGUGGUGGUGGUGGAGGUGCCAACUGUAAUAUGUUAACGCCACCCGACAUCGAUGGUGGAGACAAAUUGGAAAAAUACUUGGGCAAAGAUCUGAGACGUUACUCUGAUACAAAACUGCUGGGCAGUGCAGAUGUUGAAGCCUCUGAUCCCAUGCUAGUUUGUCAUCCAGCUCAACAGCAGUUUAAUCCCUCUCAAAGAUUGGCAACACGUAAACGGCCGUUAAUCAAACAGCACUCAGAAUCAGCUGCCACUACGGUACUUGACAUGACAUUGCCGCAUUCUCCACUUUCACCGCCCAACAUCCAUGACAUUAAACCGCCAGCAAGGCAUAUGGUGCGACAUUCAAUGCAUACUGUCGAUAUAAUGGGACCCGAGGACUCGUUGCCGCAUCCAAUGGCCGCAGAUCUGACGAAUGGCAGUCAGCCGUCCUCUGCCAGUUACCAGCAACAGCGUCAGCAUCAGCAACAAAUUGACAAAGGUCGGCAAUUUUUUAAAUCGUUGCCAAAUCUAAGCAGUAGUUGCGAAAGUCUAAUUAAGAAAUAAGCCUGCCACCCUCAAAUUUUCGUAGGACAAGGUUUAGAAAUGUAUUUUUUGUUUGAUUGAAUGCCCAUUUCUAGAUUUCGAGUUGGUCGUAACUUUUGCAAGUACCAAGUAUUUGCGGAGCUGAAAAAAAGCUCAACUUGAAAGAAAUGUAGAAAAGAUAACAUGUUGUCCCGAGAAGAUAUUGGCCAUUCCUAUUAUCGCAUUUGUUCAUUUUAUGUCCAAUACUGUGUAGUUUCAGUUACGUCCAUCCAUAUAUAUAUGUCAUUGCAAUUUUUACGCAUAAUAUUUUUGCCGUCCGUUCCAUUAUGUCGAAUGAAGCCAAACGACAUUAUGGAACUGGUAGAAUGAACUUUUUAAACCUUUCCAAAUGAUAAAGAAGGCUAAACGCCAUUUUAAAACUUGUUUUUAACCACUCACAAUUACUUAUAAAUUUUUAAUUUUAUGAUUCAUAAAUGUUUUACUAAUGUAGGUCAAUUAUUUAAAGACACGAAAGACUUAACGGCAUAGAUUUUAAUGAAGUUUUUGAGACAACGGAUAGUCGUGGCGAUUUUAAUAAAUGAAUAAAGAAAACUCUUAA